AUUUUUUUAUUUCAUCAUAUUUUUUGUACUAUUUACGUAUUCAAAUAACUAUUUACGUACUUAGAUACAAUUUUAAAAGAUAUGGGAGUAACAGGCCUUUGGAAACUUGUUGAACCGUGUGGUAGUCCUGUACCGGUAGAAACGUUAGAAGGCAAAAUACUGGCCGUUGAUAUUUCCAUAUGGCUGUAUCAGGCUGUUAAAGGAUUUCAAGACAACAAAGGCUCUUUGCUACCGCAUGCUCAUUUGCUUGGCCUUUUCCACCGUUUAUGCAAAUUACUUUAUUAUCGCGUGCGACCUGUUUUUGUUUUCGAUGGCUGUGUACCACAGCUUAAACGGGAUACCAUUGCUCGAAGGCAGCAACAACGCAGUAAAUUAAAUAAUGAAGCUGAUCGUAUACAGGCUCUAUUGCUUCAAUCCCUUUCUAAGGAAAAAGUAGUACAACAAGCCCUAGGUAUAAACGCUCAACUUUUAUUAAAGUCACCUAGCAAAAGGCAAAGUGUGGCGAUCAAUGAUGCUGCAGUGAAAGAUGAUAUUUUCAAAUUACCGGAGCUCCCAAAUGAGGAGGAAGCGGGCAUAGAGAUCGAAAACAAAGAUACAAGAAAUACGAGCGCAAUAUUUGAAACAUCUACAUCCACAGAAGAUAGCUCUUUCGACGAUUCAAACCCCUGGCGUGAAUAUAAUGCAAAUUUACAAGAAAUUGAUGUGCGUAGUGAACAGUUUAAAAGCUUACCGCCAGAGGUACGUCACGAAAUAUUAGUGGAUAUAAAAGAAACAAGAAAACAGUCGUCAUGGGGUCGUCUUCAUGAGUUGCCCUCAUGCAGUGAUGAUUUCAGUUCUUUUCAAAUGAAACGAUUGCUCAAACGGAGAGCAGUCCAAGAAAGUAUUGAGGAAACCGAAAAGGAAAUGGGCGAACGUGCAUUGACGUUUACGGAUUUACAAAACCUCUUUACUGAAGAUGGCACACUAGUUCCUGAAAACGCGAAAAGAAGGAGUGAGAUAGUAUGCUCUGAUGAAACUCUGCGGGUUACUCUAGUACGUGAUUUGAAGAAAAACAUCGGAAAAGAUGAUAAAAAUCCAGCAAAAGUAUCUGUGGAAGAUAGUUCACAGAAAAAAGCAAAGUUGAAUUUGCAGCCCGAAAUACUCGAAGAAAAAAGCGGUAGUAAUUCAGGAAGUACAACUACACUUUCUAUGGAAAGCGACACGCAUAUUUAUAAUCAAGGCUGCGAGUAUGAGUCAAAUGAAAACAUUAAACUAAACCGGCAGCAACGAAAACAACUAAAAAAUAGCGCCAUUGGACCCGCGCGUGCUUAUAUGAUCGAAUAUGGUGGAAUGAACGAAGAAGAAGUAGAAGAAAUAAUGGACACAACGCAAGUAGAAUAUGACAGUGAAAGUGAGGACUUCUUUAUAGCCCAGGCAAUAGCAGCAUCUUUGGAAGAAAUGAAACGUGGGGGAAAAAAUCCAGAGGAAAUGAAAACCAACGAUUCAAAGCAAUGCACCCAACCGGUUGAAGAAAUUCCUGGCCGCGAAGUAAGCGAUAUUUCAGAAAACGACUCGGACUUAGAAGAAGUGGUUGAUGAUGUUCAGGCGAUUUCAACAACUGAGUCUGAUGGUAAUUUGGAUAUUAUUAUAAGGCCCGAAGACCAAUUAGUAGCAGGAGACGAUUUAUUUGCGGAUAUUUUUGAGUCUUCAACAGAGAAAGUGGCUAAAAUUGAUGUGAAAGAAUCCAAACACGAAUGCCCCAAAAUGUGGACUGAAAACGUUGAAACUAUCAUUUUAGAUAAUGAAGAAUGUAACAUAGGAAAAGAAACCAAAAAUUAUGGCGAAGACGUUAAUGAAGAUAAAAACAAAGUAGCGCCAAGCGGUGAGGUUAUAAGUGAUAACACAAAAAUGUCCUUUAUAUUGGAUGAGUUAAAAAAACAAGCUAACGACGUCAAAAACAUUAGAUUAGGCGACGUUGAUAUUGGCAACUCGAGUGACAAAUUACCACCAAAAAAUGAAAUUAUUGAAAUAUAUGAUAGUGAUGACCAGCAACUUAAAAAAGAAAUAACACCAAGUAAAUCACCUAAGUUUAGAACGCCUUCGAAGAACAAAAGCAUUAAUGAGUAUUUCGAAACAAAAUACGUAGUGAAACGAACUCCAGAAAAUAAUCUAAAUGUGCAAGAAGAAAAACAGUCUCCUACCGUUAAGUCUCCUUUUUUUGUUAAGAAAACACCGUCGUCUCACAAAAAACGAUCCGUUGGUAAAAUCAAUGCAUCUCCUGUCCAAGGGCGCAAGCUAUCUAAGGUAUCUAAAACACUAUUUGAGAGUUCUUCACCCACAUCUUCUAAUAAAGUAGUGGAGUUAUCGAAAAAAGAUAUGGCUCAAUUGAAGGCUGAGGAUUUACUGGAAAAUGCGGCUAGUGCGCUUAAAGAGCAAAACACGACCGAACAACUUCAAACAUUGGCAUUAGAUUUAGCUAAAGAACGAAGUGAUUUAGAAAACGAACGUAACCGCCAAGAUCGAUUGGGCACUGCGAUUAACCAAAGCAUGCAUACCGAAUGUCAGGAGCUACUGAGGCUUUUUGGUAUUCCCUAUAUUGUAGCUCCAAUGGAGGCUGAAGCACAGUGUGCAUUUCUAGAAUCAGUAAAUAUAACGCAUGGCACCAUUACCGACGAUAGUGACAUUUGGUUAUUUGGAGGUAGAACUGUCUUUAAGAAUUUUUUCGAACAAAAAAAACACGUUUUGAAAUUCGAGGCUGAUAAAAUUAGAGACACAUUUAACUGCGACCGCGGAAAGUUAAUACAAUUAGCCUGUCUAGUAGGAAGUGACUACACAACAGGCAUACAUGGCAUCGGUACUGUUACAGCUUUGGAAAUUUUAGCAACGUUCUCAGCGACACCAAAAAACUUACAAGAAUCUUAUGCUGAUCAUCACUUACCUGGAACAGUUCUGUCAGCGCUUUGCCGUUUUCGGGACUGGUUGAAAACAUACAAAGAUUCAUCUGAGCCCCCCGGUAGCUCGGCUCGCCUUAAGCUAAGAAAAAAAUUAAAGAACAUUGAGUUAAAUGAUGGAUUUCCUAGCCCCGCGGUCGUGGAAGCAUAUUUGUUCCCAAAAGUUGACAAUAGUAAAGCUCAAUUCAGCUGGGGUUACCCCGAUGUGGACUCCAUACAUGAUUUCACGAAAAAGAUAUUCGGUUGGACAACAAUUAAAACUGAUGAAAUGCUUAAACCUGUUCUCAAGCGAAUCAACGAUAAGCAAACCCAAGCAAGUAUACGCAAUUACUUUUCCGUAAAGAGUGCUUUAAAGUCGCGAGGUAUAAAGGUAAGUAAGCGUGUCCAGAAAGCGAUCGACACUAUGGCUGGCAAAUUAGAUAUAACAGAAGCUGAAAACACUGCUACCAAGAUUAAAAAACGAAACCGCCGUAACAAAAAACAAGAGGAAGUUUCCAAUAGCCAGCGACAGUUGGAGGCAGAUUCUAAUCAAACUUAUCUUAAUAUCAAUCGUGUGGAAGAUGCUCCAAGCACAAGUACAGCUGCGUUGGCACGCCAAGCAAAGAAAUUUACAGUGAGACUCCCUGAAACCAAAGAUGUUAUCCCACAACGAGAAAGAGACAUAAAAAAUAUGUGUGAAAAAAAGGCAAAAGCUGCAGCUGUGUUAAGGAAAUCUGCUGCAAAAGCCACAAAAAUGAGGCGAAAGAAUGAAUAGCUAUAAAUUCACAACCAAGGUCAUAUAAAAUUAACAAGAUUUAAUAUAAUUCAUA